CGCUUGACAUAUUCCUUGCUUCUUCUGCAAGACAAAUUUGGAAAGUGCAAUUGCCUUUAUAUCUUCUAUAGUCGCAGACCGAUUCAAUUCCUUGUUCGACAACCGAUAAGAUCUCUCUCUGCUGCCUCUUGGAUUCCUCUUUUCUCCCCCAAAUCCCGUCUUUCUGAUUCUUCUCUAGACAUCCUUCCUCCAAACCCUAAAUUUGCCCCUCCAACGCCCGAUUAGUGCCAAUGAAGAUCACCGUGAUGACCCCUGACGACCGGUUCAUCACGCUCGACGUCGAUGCCGAUGAGUCUGUUGAGAAUGUUAAGGCCCUGCUUGAGGUGGAGACGAAUGUGUCACUUCCCCAGCAACAUCUGCAUUUCAACGGGAAGGAGAUAAGUAAUUCGCAACGGUUGAGCGCUCUUGGCGUCGGUGAUGGUGAUAUGAUCAUGAUGGUUUCAUCAGCAGCGGCAAGUGCCUCAUCUGCUGAAUUGAGAUUAAAUGCUGAUGGUUCAGCUGUCAAUCCCUCUGCCUUCCAGCAGCAUAUUCGGCAUGAUUCUCAGUUGAUAACGCAACUUCUUCAGAAUGAUCCAGCACUUGCACAAGCUAUACUUGGUGACAACAUUAAUGAACUUCAGAAUAUCUUGCUGGAGCGUCAUCAAAUGAGAAUGGAACUACGCAGAAAGCAAGAAGAAGAGCUUGCUCUGCUUUAUGCUGAUCCUUUUGAUGUUGAGUCUCAGAAAAAGAUAGAGGCAGCUAUCAGACAGAAAGGAAUUGAGGAAAAUUGGGAGGCUGCUUUAGAACACAAUCCUGAAGCUUUUGCAAGAGUGGUUAUGUUGUAUGUAGAUAUGGAAGUCAAUGGAGUACCUUUAAAGGCUUUUGUCGAUAGUGGAGCACAAUCUACAAUAAUUUCCAAAAGUUGCGCUGAAAGAUGUGGGCUCUUGAGACUCCUUGAUCAGCGCUACAGAGGUGUUGCUAUUGGUGUUGGCCAGUCAGAGAUAUUAGGUCGAAUACAUGUUGCACCACUUAAGAUUGGCCAUGCAUUCUAUCCUUGCUCCUUUACUGUGUUGGAUGCACCAAACAUGGAAUUCCUUUUUGGGCUUGAUAUGCUUCGUAAGCAUCAGUGUAUAAUUGAUUUAAAGGAGAAUGUUCUAAGAGUGGGAGGUGGAGAGGUUUCAGUGCCUUUUUUGCAAGAGAAAGACAUACCAGCUCAUAUCCGUGAUGAAGAAAGACUGUCAAAACAAGCAUCAACAGGCCAAGGAUCUGCUCCUGAAUCAUCAGGAGCAAGAGGGAAGACUCCAAAUAUCUCUACACAAACCCAGCCCUCAGGAACUCCAUCAAUUGGUCAAGCACAGGUUGCUGAUUUUGAAGCUAAAAUUGGCAAGCUUGUGGAGCUUGGGUUUGAUCGGGCAUCAGCAAGUCAGGCCCUUAGAUUGUUCGAUGGCAAUGAAGACAAAGCAGCAGCAUUCUUGUUUGGGGGUUAACCAUUUCUUUUUCAACUAUAUUCUUGCGGAAAUUAUGACCUUGCUUGCGGACAUCUUCUGAUGGUCUUUAUUGGAAUUUGGUUAUGGUAAAAAAAAAAAAAACCUCCUCAGAUUGCCCAAAAAUACAAAUGAAGGCAGGAUUGCAUUGUGACAUUGUACUCAUAUGAUGUAUCAAGAUGGUCAAUUAAUUUAUUUCGCUGGAAUUUUGUAGGCAUUCAGGUUAAUUCUGAAGCAUAUUUGUGCGACUGCUGCAAUUUUCAUUCGAGUGCUCUAAAACAUUUCACCAUUAUUGUUGCUUUU